ACAAAAUGAAAUGAAUUUUGGGGCGUUACCAACUCAUGAAAUGGAGAAAUUUAUAUUACCUGGAGUGGAAGAACUAUCUCUAAAUGAAAUACGAAGAUUUCAUUGGGAUCAGUCAAUAGAAAUUCCUAACGAAUCUGUACAAGUUCCUUUAUUAGAUGUUAAUAAAAUUGAAAUUGAAACUGAGAAAGAAACACGAUUAGCAUCUGCUGGAAGAGAUCAACCCGAAUCAUUUUUUAUUUUUGAAAAUCAUCAUAUUAAAAAAAAUAUUCCUGCAACUCCUAAAAAAAGAACUUCAAAAUCUCCAAUAGAAAUUCCAAUAAAAAGAAGAAAAAUAACUUCUGCAGAAGAAUUACCUGCAAUUGAACUAUUUCCGGCACCAAUAACUGAAAUUAUGUAUGCACCUGAUUUACCAUCUGAAUUGCAAAAAGAAGUUUUUCCUGAGUUUCAAAAUAUAGAAUUGAAUGAAAUAAAAAAAACAAAAAAAAAAAAAAUAUAUUUAGAUAAACAAACUAAAUUAACGGAUACUAUUAUGCGAAGAUACAUUGAGAAUGUUUACGCUCAUACUAUAAAACAGUUUCGAUUUACAACUAUUUUACCAUCAGCAAAGGAAUAUCUGAAACAACCUUCAAUGAAAAUUAAUAAUAGAUCGUGGGGAAAAACAUUAAUUGAAUUUUUUAAUCAGUAUUUUAAAAAGCCUUUGAUAAUUCAAAGUAAAUUUCAAGAUAUGCUUGACUUUAAAAUGAAAGAAACAAUAGUUGGAGAAACUAUUCGUGCAGAUGAUUCAAGUCGAUUACGAGAUCAAAUAACUGAAUUAUCAAGUAAAAUUAUGAUUGCUACAACUGAAACGAUUGAUGUAUCUAAGACAUUAGAUAAGAUACUUCCAAUAGAGAGUAUUGAAGUAAAAGAAUUUGAAGAGCAAACAAAAGAAAUAAAAGAAUCUGAAGCAGUUUUAAUUUCCGAGAUUACAAGUUUUGAAGAGAAAAUUAGUUCAAAAACAUAUUUGACUAAAAGAGAAUUGUUGGCAUUAAUGGUUAUACAUUGGAAUGAAGGAAUAUUAAUAAAAUUUCAUGAUUUAAUUUCACCAGAAAGUUAUAAUAAAAUUGAUGCUGCAUGUGCUUUUCAAUAUUGUUUAGAAUUUCAUGCAGAAAAAGUUGUAAUAUUGAAACAGGCUGAACCUUUUGACACAAUUUGGAUAGAAAAGUAUCCUUAUUAUGCUUUACAAAAUGAUGAAAAUUAUAACUAAAACUAUGAAAACUAUAGUUAAUUAUAAUUAAUUGUAUAGAAAUAUAAUAUUAAAUAAUAUAUUUAUUAUAUAAAUUUAUUUUUA